AAAGUUACAUAUUGCAGCUUUAAUCUUAACUAUUUAAAAGAGUAUUAUGCUUAUUAUAACAAUUAAGUGUCGUGCAAAAGACUAUUUACUAUAAUUUCUUGUCUUAGACAGUAUUUUCACCAUGUAGCUUGUUUGGAUCCCCCUCAUGGUCGGUUCAGAAACAACACAAGUUGACACAUUCCAGAGUGGACUUGGCUCCCUACCUGUCAGCUUACCUGUGUUUAGGCAAUCAUUAAUCACUGCUAUCGGAAAUGAAUCGUUCAGACAACAAGAUGCCACCACAACACGGAACUAACAAGACAUUCACCAAGUGUCCGUCUUCGAGAGAACAGAAAAACAAUCAGUCUUUCUAUAGGAGGUCAGUUAGUUCAAAUGUAAUUGUCCCUCCUAAAAUGUGACAGAUAUCUGGUUUUAUAGAAGGCCUACUCUAGAUUCUGUUCUAUUCAUAAUAAGUCUGGCGUUUGUGAUGUUUGUUGGUAGUAGGAACUGUCCUCCCUGAGAAGAUGAGGAGAGGAGGCAACUGCAGCUGGUUAGGAGCAGAGAUCCCACUGUCAUGGGAAUUCUUCAGUGGUAAGACCUGCAUUUAUGCGUUCACACAAACUAUAUGGGUUAUAUUAUUGACUGGCCAGAGAUUACCUUUAAUUUUUUGGUCAUUGGAUCUGACACACAUUAGGUUCUGUGUGAUAGAGGUCUGUGCUUGAAGGCACGAGAAUGUGAAAAAAUGCCCAAAACUGCACAAUGCUUUUUCAAUGCUUUGUCUAUGUGCAAUAUUAAUGUUUGCCGUCUUAGAAUCUAUGUGAUGAUAACUUAGCCAUCUGCUGCUACACCAGCCUUUCUAGUCUGUGUUGUAUAUGAUCUGUUCCACCACUAGCCCUUGUAUUGUGCGUUUGUCCUUAGUGGUCAAGGAUGAGCUCUGGUUGUUUAUCAUUCCUGCCGGUUUUGCUGUGAUCAUCCUGGCCCUGUUCCUAGAAGAAGUGGGCUUCUUCCUGCGUCACGUGCCCUCCUCCAGACGCUGGUGCCUCUACCUGUGGAUACUGGGCAUGUACCCGGUAAAGGGACCUCUCCUUUUUGCCACACAUUUCAAUUGUUUUCGGAUAAGUAUUUGUAAAUUUUGUCUAACUUCACUCAUUCUCUUUCGGUCAGGUCUUUGGCUUAACCUCCAUCAUUGCGCUGUAUGUUCCUCGCUCCUCCUCACUGUGUAAUUUCAUAGCUUCUCUGUAAGUAUCGAGUACAACGUAUUUUUCACCAGCACUAUGUUUGUGUACGAACUUAAAGUUGACGGUAACAUUAUUCACAUCAUUCUGUGCUAAAACCUCCAGUAAAACUAUCUCUCUGUCUGUUGCUCUCUCUCCCCUCUCUCUCUCUCUCUCUCUCUCUCUCUCUCUCUCUCUCUCUCUCUCUCUCUCUCUCUCUCUCUCUGAAGGUACCACUCAAUCACUCUGCUAAAGUUUAUGGGGCUCAUCACAGACUUCUUUGGGGGAAAGGCCCGAAUGCUGGAGAUCUUAGCUGGAGAGCAGGUGUCUCCAGAUCCAUUCCCAUGUUGCUGCUGCUGCUGCCUCCCUAUGAUAGCGAUCAACAGGUACUUUACCAAUGGAUGUCCUCCUCCCCAGUGUGCACAUCUUAUCGCGAUAAUGAUAGAUUCAUAAGAUAUUGCUGUACCGUGAUAAUGAUAGAUACACAAUAUAUUGCUGUAACUGCCCCAUAUCGCAAUAUUGGUAAAUGCACAAUAUAUUUGCCAUAAUCGGCUGUAUCGCGAUAAUGAUAAAUACCCGAAUAUAUCGCGAUAAUGAUAAAUGCAUAAUAUAUCGCCAAAAUCACCCACCCCCCCACUAUCCCUCCAUAGGACCAGCCUGGGAUGGAUGAUGGCUGCUGUGCUGCAACUGUCUGUGGUCAGAACCAUCCUGUUCUUUGUCACUCUGGUCCUCUGGACAGAUGAGCAGUAUGACUAUGGAGAUGUGAGUGGCAAGCAUAUACCGCAAGAUAUAUUUGCAUUGUAACCAAUCUCUGUUUGUCCUUAAUUUAACCAGGUGAGUCUGUGGUUAAUAAGUCAAUUAGUUAAUUAUACAAGUAGAUGCUGCUAUUUGUUAAACCAUACCCAUGUCAUUUUUCACAGGUGGAUUCUGUCAAUCCCAAUAUGUACGUGAAUGCCAUCAUAGGCGUGUCUACCUUCCUGUCUUUCUAUGGCCACUUGCUGUUUUACAAGGCCACCAAAAAGGCUCUGCCUGGCUAUGGGCUGAGGGCCAAGUUUAUCUGUGUCAUUGUAGUGUUGGUGCUGUGUGGCCUUCAGGGUGGAAUCCUGGAGACCAUGGGGGCCCUGGAGGUGGUGCCCUGCUCCCCUCCCUUCUCUGUUCUCAUGCGUUCCCAGCGUAAGUGCACCGUGAUGGAAGUUAUCCCCCAUACAUCUCCCUCCCAAUAUCAUCUCCAUGUCAAUAUUGUAACAGUGGAGAGAAAUGCAUAUUAUGAAAUGAUCAAUGUGGCAUGUAUUGGUGGUAACCUUAUCUAUUUUAUUCUCUUCCUCUGUCAGUAAUUUACCACUACUCUGUGAUUGUGGAGAUGUUCUGCAUAUGCCUCUUUGCCCGCCACACAUUCCGUAAGGUGGAGCCCAGUCCGGAGGAGGCCUUUGGGCUGGAGGAGAGGCCCCACAGAGGCAUGCUACUGGAGAAGGCAGUUCAGACUGAGGACGUGGUGCCACUCAGGGAGAACCCCUGGCCUGGCUGGUGCGGCGCCGGAGUCUCCAAUCCCGACUAUAACAGUGACAGCAGUGAGGACAGCCUCUGUAAGAUUGAACACGCACCCCUGGAUCGCUUCCCUUUCCCUCUUCAACCCAGACGUCAAAAGAUGGUGAGGCCAGAGAAGGUAACUGAUGAAAGUGCCACUUUGGAGCUGUCCAAACUGACUGUUACUGCUGACAUCAACUUUGUGGAGUCUAGGGAUGUUGCUGUUGUAUGACAAUAUGGAAUGGACUGUCCUGGAAUCUCCUAACAGGAGAGCAACAUGGGUCACCUCCAGGAAACGGAAGAGACACCACACUGCUUGAGGUACUACCUUACCCAGUUUUUAUUUGUAUGUAUAUUGACAGACCCUGCAUCUAUCCAUUCUAUUAAUUCCUCAGCUGAAUGAAGAUGGUAGCUAAUGGUGUGGAAGGCGAUUUUUUUUCCUACCCAUAAUGUUUGCCUACAUUUUAAAUCGAGCAUGCUCUGUACAUUUUGUUUUGCAAUGUUAUCUCAAAAAGCAAAUAAACAUAUAUAUAUUUUUUAAACC